CGCCGCGUCUGUCCCAUUCCACACACUUCGCUUAGUAUUAUUACUGGUAUAGCUCUAUUAUAUAAAACAAUAGAGUGUAAUAAGUUCAGUGAGAAACAAGAAAAAUGAAUUUAUUGUUACAAAAGAUUAUGUUUUUAAAUAACACGAGUUUAUUAUUCUCCGGUUUCAUGACAGGUUUGGCAGUCUUAUUAAUAAUUAUAAUAAUAAACUUAGAAGACCGGAGGAAACUAAAGUUGGCCAAUCAAUUACCUGGUCCCGAUGGAUGGUUCCUUGUUGGGAUGUUACCUUUAGUUUUACAAGGGCCAGAAAUAAUGAUAAAAAAAGCAAUGAUAAUAUAUAGAGAAUACGAAAAAACAUUAUUUAAAAUGUGGAUUUGUAACAAUUUAUACGUGUUGAUUACUAAACCGGAAGAAAUCGAAGCAGUACUUACUAAUCCGAAAUUGCAGAAAAAAGCUAAAGAAUAUGUAGUUUUGCAAGAGUCGAUUAUGGGACAAGGCAUAUUCUCAGUCGAUAACAUCAAACAAUGGAAAAGUAACAGAAAAAUUGUGUCGGCCGGUUUUAAUUUUACUAUAAUAAAAUCGCUUAUACCGAUAUUUAACGAAGAAGCUCAAUUGCUUUCGACAAUUCUUCAAGAAAAACGCGAUAGGACUACAAACGAAUGCGAAAUAAGUCAUCCAGUUAGUAUGGCAACUAUGGAAAUGAUUGGAAGAUCAGCCUUUGGUGUAAAUUUUGACGCUCAAAAAGGCGGCAAACAUAGAUUCGUUGAAAAUUUACAAAUCGCGAUGAUGGCAUGGGAGUACAGAGUGACGCAUCCAUGGUUUUUAAGUAAAAUGCUUUUCCAAUUUUCGUCGGUUAAACAUAGACACGAUCGAAGUCAAAAGAUAAUCAACGAAUUCACUGAUGACAUAAUCAGCAAAAAGAUUAACGAACUAGGCGUACAGACAAAUAAUGUGAACCAAACAGAAAACGAUAUUGUACGUAAGCCAAAAACGCUUAUAGAAAUUUUGAUCCAGAACUAUCAUGGUAUGACGCACAAUCAAAUACGAGAUGAAAUUGUAACCGUAAUAAUUGGAGGUCAAGAAACGACAGCGUUCGCUAACGCGUGUACAAUUUUCAUGUUGGCCCACCAUCAAGACGUACAAAAUAAACUCUACGAGGAAUUGGAAGGCAUAUUUUCAAUAGGAGAUCCGGAAAGACAAGCUACGUAUGAGGAUUUACAGCAAAUGGAGUACCUGGAACGUGUGAUCAAAGAGUCUCUGCGAAUUUGUCCUCCGUUGCCCGUGUUCGGUAGGAGUUUGGAAGAAGACAUGAAAAUAGGAGAAUACUUACUUCCUGCAGGAGCUUCCUUGGUCAUCAGCCCCCUUUGCGUGCAUUCGAGCCCACGAUACUAUAAGGAUCCAGAAAAGUUUAAUCCAGAUAACUUUUUACCAGAAGUAUGCCACAGUCGUCAUCCUUAUGCGUUUAUCCCAUUCAGUGCAGGUUACAGAAACUGUAUUGGAAUAAAAUACGGUAUGCUCCAGAUGAAGACCGUCGUGUCCACGUUAGUUCGAAAAAAUCGAUUCUUCCCAUCGGAUAAAUGUCCAACGCCUCAACAUCUUCGAUUGAUGUUUUUAUCGACCUUAAAGUUCGUUGAUAACUGUCACAUCAAAAUAGAACCAAGGACUAAAAUGGCUAAAAGAAAAUCUGUUGAAGCAGUUCAAAGGUCCGACAAAAAGAAAAAACAUGUCGUUAAACAAGAGGUAACUUCAAACGAUGAGUCAGAUGAGCAAUCUGAACACGACAAUGGUGUAAUCGAUGAAGAAGUAAAAGAUGCAAUACCGACUAACAUCCGUUGGCCCAACAAUGAUAUUCAAAAGCUUUUAACUCAAUUGGAAGUGGUGCUUCCAAAAAAUGAUACCCUUGUGUUCCGUAAUCGAUUACCGAAAAUAGAUUGGGACAAAGUUAAAUUUGAUAACUAUAAUAAAGAAGAGUGUCAGGCAACAUGGACGGCGAUACAAGACCAGUUGAGAACGCAAAAAACAUUGGGUGAUCUUGUGAAAGACGCAAAACAUCUGUUGGCCACCAAAGGUAUUGAUACAAAUCAUUCCAAGCAAAAUCGUGUUCAAAAACCCAAGACAGCUUACAUGUUGUAUUAUACUGAAAUUUUUCACAAGUACAAAAAGAAAAAUCCUGAAAUGAAGCUACCACAACUUACACAAAUUAUAGCAGAAAAAUAUAAAAACUUAUCACCUGAUAAAAAGCAAGGCUUUGUUGAUAGGGCAAAUCUAUUAAAGACUGAAUAUAAUCAACUCAUGGCCAAGGCAAAUGUGGGUUACGUCAAACCCCAGUCAUUAGAACAGCAGCAAAAACCCAAGACCCCGUUUCAAAUAUUCUUGGAAUCCAAGGCCGAAGGGUUUGAAGGGAAUUUAGAAAAAAAUGAAAUUGUUAACCAUUUUAAAGAAAAGUGGGAAAAGCUGACUGAGAAGAAAAAAUCAAAAUGGAUUAAAUUAGCCAAUGAACGUGAGCAAGUAUACUUAGACCAUUUGAAAGAAGAUCACAAAGAUGACCCUGCAUUCACUAUGCCAAAAAAGAGUGCAUUAACCAAAGGAGAUAGGAUUAUUUUAGAAUCUCAGUCAGGAAAACCCAAAAAACCACCUGUAAACAACUAUAGUCUUUUCUCAACAGAAAUGUUACAAGGCGAUUCUCUUGCCGGAAUUCCUCCAAAAGAAAAAAUGGCGACUGUUGCGAAAAAAUGGAAAUCAUUUUCAGAGGAAGAAAAACAAAUCUACACUGACAAAUUAAAAGUAAUCACUGACCGUUAUUGGACUGAAUUCAAUGCAUAUCUAAAAACAUUACCAGAAGAAGAAAGGCAAUUAGAAAUGAAUAAAAUGAAAGCCAAACCGAAAAAGACAGAACCGAAAAUCGUACCCCGUAUAAAUGCCAGAGAGGGAAUUUCAGAGAAACCAAAAAAAGCAUCUAAAAAAAAGGUUUCUAUAUAUAAUGCAAAAACUAAGACAUUUGAUGGUGAACCUUCAGAGGUUCCAUUUAAAAAACCAUUUGAUUUAUUCAAAAGUCGAUUCCAAAAUAAUCCAAAGUUCAAGUCUAAGAAACAACUUGAACCCCAAGCGUUGUUAGAGUGGAAUGCGUUAUCUGAUCAUAAAAAACAAGCUUAUCAAGAUGAACUGAAAUCACUCAAAAAAGUCUACAUGAAAAAUUUGAAAGUAUUUUUGGGUUCGCUCACUGCCGAGGACUUAAAACUGUAUGCUAAACUAAGAAAACCCGAAUUAGUCGCAGAAGACGAUGAUAAUGACGACGACGAUUCUGAAAACAAGUCAAAUGAUUCUAGUUCAUCUGAAGAAGAUGAUGAAGAUGAUAGUGACCAUGCAGAAUAUGGUAAUAGCGAAAUAUACUGAUUGAAAUAUGAACUGUACUUCUUCGUUCUAUAAUAUAUAUGUAUAUGUAUAUCUAUAUAUAUAUAUACUAUUGAUAAUAAUUUAUGUUGAUUAAGCUCUACGUAUCUAAUUAUAUUUGUUUCAUUUGCUGCUAUCAGCCCUAUGCGUGAGUCGUAUUUUACUCAUGCUUGAUAUCCGGCUUUUUAAAACAUUAACAAAGCAGUUAUCUUUGAAUUAAAAAAUAUAAUGAAAAUUAAAUAUUUAAUAAUAUUUUUUAACUGUUUAAAAAUAUAGUUUUUAUAGUUAUAUCCAUUUUUUUUCUUGUUAAAUUUUGUAUGCCGUGAAACCAAUAUUUUGUAUAUACAAGUAUAAUAUGUUAUAUUUGCACAACCUUCAAUGGUUUAUUCUUUUAUUAUUAUUAUUAUUAUUACUAUUAUAUGUUUUUUGUAGAAAUGUUAAAUUUAAUUUUAAGUAAUAUUAAGGGAAAUAUAUUUCAAAUAAUCUUAUAGGGUAUUAUCAUAAACAUGUUGUACAAUUUUUAUACUAUAUAGAUAUUUGUGGGUUACUAAGUUGCAUCCAUUGUAAUUUAAUUUGUCUCGAACACGAUUUUGUUUUGUUAUAUUCUUUUUAUUGUAAACCGAAUUUAAUUAAUAACAAUAUUAUGUUUAAUUUAUUUUUUCCACUUUAUUAUUAUUAUAUAUUUUUUUUUUAUGACCGUUUAAUUGUCAUUGUAUAACAUUUUAACUUAAAUAAAACAUUGUUCUUUGGUCUUUCUAUAUUUUAUUUUAUUUUACAG